UCGACACGUUAGUUUUGUUGUGUACCUUACGGAAAGUCAAACAAAUCGUUUUAAAUUGAUAUAUUGAUAAUGUCACGGUUUAAAUUUAUUUUGAAAAAUGUGACAAGCAGUUGUUAGACUUUGAUUUAACUGCUUGGUGGGAUCUAAAUAUCAGUUCUGUUAAUAAUUAUAUUACUUAGGAUGGAAUAUACCUGAAAAAUACAUAUAUAGGAAUAAUUUCAUGGUCAAUUGCCAUGGCGCAGCCUGCAAAUGACACCAAAACGACUACGAAAGGGGGAGGGGAACAAAACCUAACGGUAGCUUUAAGGAUACGACCUCUGAACGAAGAUGAAAAUUACAAUGGAGCAAAAAGUAUUGCACAUAAAGUACAAGCGAAGAUGGUUGUACUUAUGGAUCCUAUGGAAGAUCAUGACGAUGUCCUCCGAGCAAACAGGUCUAGAGAAAAACAGUUUGUUUUUGAUUGUACAUUUGACAGCAAUGCCUUACAGGAUGAAGUUUACAAGAAUACAACGAGAUCUUUGCUGCCAAAUAUCAUUAAUGGUUACAAUGCUACAGUGUUUGCUUAUGGAGCAACUGGUGCAGGAAAAACAUACACCAUGUUGGGCACAGAUGAUGAACCAGGAAUCAUGGCCCGGGGACUUAACGAUUUGUUUGUAGAGAUGGACAGAACAAAAGAAGAAAUGAAAUACAAAGUCUCUAUGUCUUAUUUGGAGAUAUAUAAUGAAAUGAUUCGAGACUUGUUAAAACCAUCAUCAGGUAUCCUUGACCUUCGGGAAGAUGCCAAGGGUGGUGUCCAGGUGGCAGGUCUAUCUGAGGUCACAACAAGGUCAACAAAUGAGGUUAUGGAUAUGUUAUUCCAAGGAAACAAAGAGAGAACUCAGGAACCUACUGCUGCAAAUAAAACUUCUUCCAGAUCUCAUGCCGUCCUCCAAGUCAUUGUCAAACAACAAAACCGAGUACGAAAUACGGUGCAAGAAGUACGAGUCGGCAAAUUAUUUAUGGUUGAUUUAGCUGGAUCAGAAAGAGCAGCCGCCACACACAAUAGAGGCAAACGUAUGGUAGAGGGUGCACAUAUAAACAGGUCACUAUUGGCUCUUGGAAACUGCAUCAAUGCUUUAAGUGAUAAAAAUGGACACAAGUAUAUUAACUACAGAGACAGUAAACUAACAAGACUACUUAAAGAUGCAUUAGGUGGAAACUGUAAAACUGUGAUGAUAGCCCAUAUCAGUCCAGCCUCCUCACAAUUUGAGGAGUCCAGAAAUACACUGGUGUAUGCAGAUCGAGCAAAACACAUCAAAACAAAGGUUAGAAGGAAUGUGACUGAUGUAUCCUAUCAUAUAGCCCAGUACACAAACAUAAUCCAGGAGUUAAGGGAGGAGAUAGGACGACUGAGAGUUAAACUCAAUGAUAAGACCACGUCUGUCAGCCUUCAUGGAGGAUCGUCUAUACAGGCUGUACAAGCUCAAGUACUAGAAGCAAAGAGGAACUUAGAUAAAGUAGAACUAAACAAACUGAAGGAACAACUUUUAAUAUCAUUUAAAGAUCAGAUGGAAUUAAGAAAAAGUUUAAUGGAACUGAACAAUGCCACAAUGGAGAUUAGCUUAGAGACGAAUCGUAACCAAAUGAUAAUUACUGAAUGGCAAGCAGAAAGAGCAAAGUCAUCAUUACGGAAAGAAGGUGGUGAUAAUGCAGGACAAAUUUCCAAAUCUAUGGAACUGGCUGGUAUAGGAUCAGAUGAGGUAGUUGAGCCAGAGGAAGUUAAAGUUGCAAGGGAUGAAAUCAAAGUUUUACAUGACGAAAAAUACAGAACAGAGAAAAUCAGAACCACAGUGUAUAAGGAACUUGAACAGGCUAAAUCAAAAACAAGAAAACUAGAAGAGACUGUACCUCAGAAGAUAAGUGACGAAGACCAGACAGAGAUAGUCAUGUUGAUGUGUAAAGUACAUGAACUUGAAAUAGAAAAUACAGAGGGACAGUCCGCCUGUCUGAUCAGAGACUUUCAAAUCAAGAAGAAAGAUAUGGUUAUUGUAAGGUUUCGUCAACACAGAACUCUCUGUGAUGAGAUCAUCAGAAAACAGAAAAUUUUGUUAGAAGAGAACAAUAUACCUUUUACAAGGGAUUUAGAGGAACUUAUGGAAUUGUAUAAGUUAGAGAAAGAGGAUCGUAUGUUGUUCAGUGAGGAGACACUUCUAAAUCUUACCCCAGAAUACAGAAGCAAGGUACCAUCAGUAGCUAGUACACGACUGUAUGGUGAUGGAGAAACAGAUCAUAUGAGUGCUUUAACGGAGGAGGAAGAUCAUAGAAGAGGAAAGAAAAGUGCGAAAAGUGAGGACAAGCUCUUUUCCCAGAGUGCUCAGGCUAGGAGGAUAAAAGAAGGAACUUUAUCUGGAAUUUGGAGAAAUAAUUCUAAUGUGAGUGGUCCUGAUGACCCUCCUCUUACACCAACUCCUAGAAUAACUCCUGGGGAGAAAACAGAUAGGACUGUUAUCGCAACUGGUACUAGAAACAUUGCUGCUUUGGCAGCCAAAAAACGGACGAUAAUUGAACAAAAAUAUGGCGAUACAAAGUCAUUAUAUAGACCUAACAGUGAAAAAGACUUGACGAACGAUAGUUAUUUAUCGCAAAAUAUGUUAGCUAAACAUAAUAAGAAAUUUUCGGAUACGACUUUACCAAUGAUUAAAGAUCCAAGUGAUGAUAACUUAUCACAUAAUACUAAAAAUAGUUCUUUUUCUGAUAGUACACUUCCACCAAUCAGACAAGGUCAGAAGAAUUCACUUCAAAGAGAGGCUGAUCUAAAGAAAAAUAGAAGAACUCGUGGAAAUGAACUGGGUUACUCACAACAGUUUGGACGAGGGAGGAGACUGAGUGAAAAAAGCAACGUCAAUACUGCCCGCACAGGAGAUAGAGACUUGUUGUCACCUGUAGGGUACAGAAACAAAACAAAGAGACAGGGAUACAGAGAUUCAUCCAAUGCAAGUACGCCUAAAAGGAAAUCAAAAUCAAAGAAAAAUGUUCCCACAAUUCCAUCAUACAGACAAGGGGACAUAACCAUCACUGGAUUUGCUGUACCAAGGUGAUGGGAGACAACUCUUGCCAAAUAAGAUAAAUAAUUACUGCUGGUUGCUGAACCCUGCUCAUCAAUGCAACAAUUUAUACAAUUUCAGUUAUAGACAUGCAUUUAAUAUGUACUUCAGGCAUAUUUGGUACCUUUCUUAAUCAAAUUUGUCCAAAGAAGGUUGUAAAAAUUGAUGUUAUUAUUAUAUUAAGUUUAACUACACAAAAACAUAUAAAACUGCAUAGUUUGUGCAUGUUGAAAGUGAGAGACUUUCAUCAUUUUAAUCAUGAUAGGAAUUUGUGAUCUUAAGAUUAAUUGUUGCCUCUCAAUUAUUUAACAGUUAAUAGUUUAAUUGACAGAAAAGGUGUUUUUAAAUUGCUAAAGGUAUAUGCCUAUAGAGAAGUAAUUUAUCAAUUGAGUCUGAUGGUUACAACUUUUGAUAUAACUUUUAAUCAUAUGAAGAUUAUGUCUAACGUAAUAAUUGGUAUAUAUGUAAAAUUAUCAUUAUGAGUCAUUUUGUCAUAUGAGAAAAGCAAUUCAAAAAUACUCUCAAAAUAAGUUCUCCAGUUGUGUUAUAUUUUCAGAAAUGAUGUUAUUUAUUGUCUUCUUAUAAUCUUUACUUUAUAAAACGCAUUUUAGCAUUUUAAUCAAAUUAAUUGUUUUGAAUAAAGCCUUUAUUUUUUUUUAAUUUUAGCAGUAUUAUCCUACUACUAAAAUGAAAAUGCUUCUUAUUUUGAAAAAAAAAAAUGUUUGACUUUGAAAAGGCUGAUAUGUGGUUAAAUCUCUAUUAUUACCACAAUGCAUCAUAAUUUAUUUGUAUUGUCUGUACUGUUACAUGGUAUUAGUCUAUGCUGUAACUGUUUCAAUCUGAACAUUUUGUAUUUGUUCUUUUAAAAGUGUCAAUACUAAUUUCUAUAAGUGCUAGAUAGUAUUUUGUAUGACUAAGGUUACUAUGUAAAAAGUAUCCAAUUAUUGUAAUUUUUGCAUUAUUUUUGUAUUUUAUCAUGUUGUUAAUUUAUAUUUUGUUAUUUGUUUAAACAUUGUUUUGUAUGUAAUUCGUAAUUGCAUUGUGAAUUCCAAAAUUUAUGACUGCACAUUAAGCUUGACUUGAAAGCAUUUUGUUUUCUUUAGAAGUUCUGAACCAGUUUUUAACAGAGAAAUCAUGGCUGUACUUCAGUUUAUUUACAUGUUGCACUUAUUACAACUGUUAGUCAGUUCUGUUAUAUGAGGUAAGAACAGAUAUAUGUUGCAUUUGAAAUUUUUGUUUCGUUCACUGUUCAAAUGCACAUUUUUUCCUGUUCUAGGAUGAAACUUGAUGUGGCAAUUACAUAAAGUCUAGCAACAUGGUUACAUACACUAAAGGCUUACUGAAAAUAUGAGAGACUUUCAUAAUGUUCAUAGGGUGAGGUGCAGAAGAACCUAUUUUGGGGAAUUGUUGAAUUGCCAAAUAGUCAAGAAUGUGGGAAUUCAGGAUCUUAUUAUAUUGUGAUGCAGGUAGGGAAUCAUUGUUUAGGCAUUUAUUAUCACUGGAUGAGAGUCAUGAGAAUGGGGACAUAUAUUUGAAACCCCCCUUUUCUCCUAGGUUUUGAACCACUUUUUUUAAAAAUGGCUGAAUCUGCCCUUGUACAUGUAAUACUCAUCUGGCGUCUCAAAUGUACCAACUUGUAUAUAUGUCUGGAGUCCAUUGUUGCUAGGUUUUCUAUUUCAUCUGAUAUUAAAUUCUUACAAUUUGCUUCCAUAAUUGUUAAUUUCUGUGUUAUGUGUUUAUAAUUUAAUUGUUAGAUUUUGUAUAAGUAUGUAAAAAUGCGAUCUGUGAUACAAUUUAUCUGUGGGUAUACAUCCUUUACAAAUAAUAGUUAUGAUGUUGAGGUGUUCCUUAAAUUAGUUCUUUGUUGGAUCUCAGAGGUUGAAAAUGAUUGCAUGUGCAUGUAUAAACUAGGAACAGUGGGAUGUAGGUUUUAACAAGGGAACAUGUAUGAUUGAAAUACUAGGCAUUCAUAAAUAUGUAUAUCCCAGGGUUCCAGUUUUAUUGGAAUAAGGGGGGGGGGGGGGGAAAUAUUCCAUGAUUAUUACAAAUUCUGAAUUCAUGUCUAUAGAAAGUUUGUUCUUUAGGCUACACUUAAAUUUCUUAGACUAUCUUUGCUUGAGAAAUCCAUGAAUAUGAUCAACAGUUCUUUUUAUCAUAUUUAGUCUACUAUAUAUAGUAUAUAAUUUAAAAUAUGAUAUAUUUAACGCCAGGGAUUUCAUUAAAAGAAAAGCAGAAGGGAACAUUUUGAACCUUUGAGAUGAAAAAACUAUAUCCAACAAAGAAUAUUUUAAGGAAAGGUGUAUUGAGUAUUCAUCUAAAUGUAUGCUUAUCAAUUCAAAGACUUCAAUUAAAAACUGGAUUUUUUACCAGUAAAUCAGUGAAAAUUGAUGUAUAAUAUUUUAUGAUGAAUUCACAAUUGCCUAUAUUUUUGUACAUCUAGUCGUUUGUUUUAGUUAUUUAUUAGUUUUUACAUUGUUACAUUGUUACAUGGUAGUUUUGUUUUUCUACAUUCUAGGUGAUAUUAGAUUUGUAAAUUGUCUCAUGUUUUCUAUUCCAAUGUGUACCCAAUUUAUUUUAUAUGUCAAUGUACGUUUCCCAGAGGGAAAAUUUGGUUUAUAUGUGUUUCUAAUUUAAAUUGGCAAUGUGAUUACUUAUUAUUCCUGAUGGAAGGUUUAAAAAAAAACUUGAGGAAGUCUGUUUCAAAAAAUGAUCUAAAGGGAAAUCCAUCAUCUAAAAAUUCUCCCCGCCCCAGCGGCAUACCUGAUGAUAGAUUAGUAUAAACAUUGAUAAUGUAAAAAUCAUUUGGCAUUGUUGCUAUUCUAAAAGGUUUAAAUUAAGACAGGUAAUGUGACUCAUUGUGUGUGACUGUCUGACUGUUAAAAGUUACAAUUUUCCUAAGUCUUUUUUCAAAAUUUACAGUUAUGAAGCAGUCGUUACUUUUUAAGAAACAUUUAGACCCCCAAUUUUGGUGGGAGAUGUUUCGGCAUGUCUUUUUUUAUCAUUAUGUUUCUACUGUUAAAUUUCACAAGUUGAUUAAAACUUUGAUUGAAAUUUUUAAUUAUAUU